AUGGGGGAAAACGGGUGGAAGAGAAGCGUUGUGAUUGCAUGCAUAGCAAUGUGUUUGUUUCUAUGGAGUUUAAAAGAAGCAGAAGGCAUGGGAUUCGUGAUUGACGAGAAGAAUGCUUAUCUCAUGACGUCAAGUUCGAAGGGGACACUGUCAUAUUGUGAGAUUAAGGGACCUUCCGGAGAUCAGAUUCAUGAUUUCCGUGACAAGAUAAGUGAAAAAUACGAGUUUGUUGUCCACAAGAAAGGGAUUUACCAUUUCUGCUUCUACAACAAAUCCCCUUAUCAUGAAACCCUUGACUUUGAUAUACAAGUUGGGCAUUUUGCAUACAACAAUCAGCAUGCAAAGAUGGUAUCAAAUUUGGAGGAAGCGCUUUACAACAUCCAAUUCGAACAGCAUUGGAUAGAGGCUCAGACUGAUCGACAGGCAACAGUGACUGAUAGCAUGGGCCGACGAGCAAUUCACGAGGCAAUGUUUGAAUCAGCAGCACUUAUUGAGGCUAGCAGCCUUCAGGUUUACCUUUUGAAACGCUUAUUCGAACGGAAACUUUGGAACAUCCAGAGUUUAAACUGUUUAGACCUAAUAGCUCCCAUGUGGUGUUUGUUGAUUUUGGAACACAAAGCUCCAAGUUUAUCUCAUCUGUGGUUUAACUAG